AUGACAAGCAGUUCAAACCCUUCAGGAUCUUACUUGCCCUCAAAAACAAGAUGUUCCAAAAUAGAUGACAACUACUUGAAGGAAUUGAAUGAGGACUUAAAGCUAAGGAAGCAGGAACUGCUAGAGAUGCUAAAACCUCUUGAAGAUAAGAACAAUCUCUUAUUCCAGAAGUUGAUGUCUAACUUAGAGGAAAAACAAAGAAGUUUGCAGAUCAUGAGGCAGAUCAUGGCAGGGAAGGGGAAUGAAGAAUCCUCAGUCAUGGAGCUCAUUAAGGAAGCAGAAGAGAUGAAGCAGAAUCUGGAAAGGAAAAACAAGAUGCUUCGGAAGGAAAUGGAGAUGCUAUGGAACAAGACAUUCGACACAGAAGAACUUGGUGGUCAACAAAAAGCCCUGCAGAUAAAAAACAAAGCAGACGUGCAGGACAGAAAGGUUCCCCAAACCCCCUCAUCACCUAGGAAGACCAAAAAUGAACUGGAGACAUCAUGUGCAGAGAAAGUGAAGGAGAAAAGGAAGGAAAAGCAACAGAGGAAAAUGGAAUGGGUCAGGUCCAAGGAACAAGCCAACAUCCUUCAGAAUGACUUUAAUGGUAAAGUGAUUGAGCUGAGAAUUGAAGUCUUGAAGAACUACCAGAAGGCCAAUGACCUGAAAUUAUCCCUAUACUUACAGCAGAAUUUGGAACCAAAGCAAGCAUAUUUUAAUCUUCCUGGGUCCCGAGAAUUCUUGAAUCAAAGACCUACAUACACAGAACAACAAGGAACUAAAGGAAGUCACUUUGAUGAUGUAGGAGGGAGGCUCUUGUUUCUGAGGUCACUGCCAGAUGAAGCUCUGAAGGAUUAG